AUGGUGCUUUUGAAGCAAUCGGCUUCCCAAAUACAGUUGAGUAAGCAGAUGGAAGUAAUGCACAGUUAUUUGGUUAAGUAUAUGAAAAGGAAAGUUGUGGAUUGCCUUACUAGAAGGAUUUAUGAACUAGUAAUAAUUGAAUACCCGAACUCUGGCGAUUUAAUUGACGAUUUUCGUCACUGCAUGCAGUUCAAUGGGAAUUAUGGAAGAAGCAAAAUUGUUGAUCACCUUUCAGAUGAAAUUGAGCGCCGUCUUCUUCAUGUAGCAGUUACUACCGAAGUACUCGAAGGUUACGCAAAGGCUGUCGAAUGUCUUCGCAGAUUAGAUCCUACAUGUGUUAUAAUGCAGCGAAUUUGUUCUUUAAUUCGGAACUAUGUCAAACAGAGACCAGAUACAGUUCGGUGCAUUAUAACAUACAUAACGGGAGAGAAGCGAGACGAACUCGGUGAACAGUUAAUUAAAAAAAAGGCAACAAUUAUAGACGAGGAAGAAUUAGAGGGAAUCAAUGACGACCUUAUUGUUGAGAACUGGCGAGAGUGGGUUGCUGAUCCGCAGGAUGCUGUAGUAGGGAAAAGCAGAAGGUUUCGACAAAAUGCAGAUGUUUUCAAUAUGUUGGUAUCAGUUUACGGUAGUAAGGAACUUUUUGUUAAAGAAUAUCGUCAGAUUUUGGCGGAACGUCUAAUAAAAUCGUGGAACAGAGAGCCUCAGUCUGAAAUGCGCUACAUUGAUUUACUGAAGCUCAGAUUUAGCGAGGGAGAGUUGCAGCAGUGUGAAGUAAUGCUAAAAGAUAUUCGCGAUUCAGAAAAAAUCGAUGAAUUUAUAUAUCCUUAUUCGGUUACUGAUCCAUUUCCAAUCAGUGCCAGAAUAAUAUCUUCUUACUUUUGGCCAACUCUGGAAAGUGAAAGUUUUGUGCUACCCAAAACGAUGAUGGAUGGUCUUCAUGUGUAUGCAAGUGGUUUUGAAACAACGAAGGCUUCGCGAACCUUAAAAUGGAUGACUGGUGUAGGAUGUAUUCAGAUGGAUGUGGAGCUUGAUGGAACUUCUAUUUCUGUUAAUGUUUCACCAGCUCACGCUGCUGUACUUGCAGCUUUUCUAGAAAAAGAAAAAUGGGCCUUGGAAGAACUGGCCUCCCAUAUAGGAAUGGAAAAACGUAAUGUUAAAAAAAGACUUGAAUGGUGUGACUUGGGUACUUGGUUUCUCGGGUCUGGUCAGCUGAAAACAGAUAGGCUAAAUACCGAGUUUGAUGCUGAAGAAGAGUCGUCUGAAGAAGAAGGUGAAGAAGACACAGGUGCUAUAGAUGCCCUCGAACAGUAUUGGAAUUAUACAAAGGGUUUUAUGGCUAAUCGAGAACCGAUGAAAGCGGAAAAGUUACAAUCUAUGUACAGGAUGUUUGCAAGCCCUGGACGUCAAGGACCAAGUUUAGAGACUGUCGUUGCUUUUCUACAGCGAAAAGUCAGAUUAAAUCUCCUAUCGUAUUCAAAUGGAUUCUACAAAGUAAUAAAGGAUCGGUCGGCCUCCUUGUGA